GCGAGGAAGCUUUUCAAAGUUAUUUUAGUCAAUGAUUGAAGAUGGAGUGGUUAGCAUUGGCGUCUUUCCUGAGUAUCUUUUUUAAGCUGAUUUCGGCGCAGUUGAACGAAACCUGUACCACAUCAAACAGAAGAAUAGGAACAUGCAUUCCGGUGAAAAAUUGUGAUUAUGUUCUGAACAUAUUACGCAAUCCAACUCCCAGUUCCGAACAUUGGUACUUUUUAGAAAAUAACAAGUGUGGUGAAAUUGAUGAUCAACCACUACCCAAACCACUGGUUUGCUGUCCUUUAGUAUAUAAUAAUCCAAAUUGUGGUGUUUCAAAAGUGAGCAACAGAAUUUACGGGGGAGAAGAAAGCGACAUGCUGCAGUUUCCCUGGUCUGGUGUUUUAGUGUACAAAAUUAAUAAAAAACGAUUUUCUGUUAAAUGCGGAUGCACUUUGCUGAAUUCACGAUGGGUAUUGACGGCAGCACAUUGUCUGAACAACCUUCCAAGUAGCUGGACACUACACCGGGUACGAUUCAGAGAGCACAACAGUCUGAAGGCAGCCAAAUGCACAAUGACGGAAAUGGGAGAAGAAAUUUGUCGGCAAGAGUAUGAAAUAGAGGGACACCCCAUAUGCCAUCCGGACUACGACAGCACGUCAACCGACAUGGAAAACGAUAUUUCGUUGAUAAAGACUAAACAGGAAGUAGAAUUCAACGACUACGUCAACCCAAUAUGUUUACCAUUUAGUAGUGAAAUAAGAAAUAUGCCAAUUGACGGACUCGAGUUUACAAUAACCGGAUGGGGGCAGGUUGAAAAAGAUAAAAAGGCUGGAAUUCAGUAUCACGUAACCGUCAAAGGUCGACCGAACGAAGAGUGCGAUAAGGCAUUCGCGCCCAUAGGAAUCUCACUCACAGAAAACCAAAUCUGUGCAGGAGGUGAAAGGAAUAAGGAUUCGUGCCGAGGCGAUUCUGGAGGAGCAUUGAUGUGGCAAACUGAGCUCGUGACUUACUUGAUCGGUAUUGUCAGCUUUGGAGCCCGUGACUGUGGCACAGUCAAUCAUCCCAGUGUGUAUACCAAUGUUGCAAAAUAUUUAGACUGGAUCGAGGAAGAGAUAACCAGCUCGUAGAAAGCCGCUUAACCGUGAUGAAAUUUUUAAGAUAAAAUUUAAGAACUUCGAAUAAAAUGAA